AUGUCCCUCCGUAACAGCAGUGAGAGCCAGGACAAGGCCAACGCAGCGGCGCGGCUGCAGAAGGAGUUGAUGGAGUUGAUUCUCACCGAUGUUGACGGCAUCUCCGCUUUCCCUCACAACGACGACCUCUUCCACUGGGUUGCCACCGUCAGCGGGGUGGAGAGGACGCCGUACGAAGGCCUUGAAUACCGACUUUCGAUGAAUUUCCCCUCAAAUUAUCCCUACUCGGCGCCCACCGUCAAUUUUUUGACGCCGUGUUUUCACCCGAACGUGGAUGUACACGGGGUGAUUUGUUUGGAUAUCUUGAAGGAGCGCUGGUCCGCAGCGUACACGGCAGGGGCUGUUUUGCUUUCCGUGCAGUCCCUGCUGGAUAAUCCCAAUAAUCAAUCCCCCCUCAACGCGCAGGCCGCGCAGAUGUGGGGGCAGACAGAAGGCUACCGCCGUGCCGUUCUCGCAACCUACGAGACCGGCUCUAUUGCUCACAACGGUGGUGCCCCUUAG